GCCAGGAGUGUUUCAACUCUCGCUCCCUGGCCCUCCAGGCACAGAAGAAGAUCCUAUCCAAGAUGGCGACCGUGGCGGUGGCCAACCUCCUGACGGAUGACGUCAGCAGUGAGAUCCUGGACGAGCUGUACAAGGUCAGCCGGGAGUUCACCAAGAGUAAGAAGGAGGCCCACAAGAUCGUCAAAGACGUCAUCAAGAUCGCCCUGAAGAUCGGUAUCCUGUACCGCAACCACCAGUUCAGCCCAGACGAACUGGACACGGUCGAACGCUUCAAGAAAAAGAUGAACCAGGCAGCCAUGACGGCGGUCAGCUUCUACGAGGUGGACUACACGUUCGACCACCGCAUUCUGUCAGAGUUGCUGCUGGAAUGCCGGGAUCUUCUGCAUGCGCUGGUGGAGCAGCACCUGACCCUGCGGUCGCACACUCGCAUCGACCACGUGUUCAACCACUUUGCCCACGGGGAGUUCCUGGCCGAGCUGUACGGAGACAGAGAGGAUUACAGACUGUACCUGAGGAAGAUCUGCAACGGGAUCAACAAACUGCUGGACGAGGGAACGCUUUAACCUCUGACCCCUGAUCUCUCACCUCUCACCUGACAUUUGACCCUGCUCCUCCCUUCCUAUUACUCAAUCUCCAUGGUUGCGGCUCAAUAAUCCCCCCCUUUCUCCUGAAGUGUGCACUUGUUCACUUCCCUUCAUGGAUUUGAAAGGAAGUUAUUGGUAUAUGGAACCUCCUUGUAGCCCAUGCCUACACUAAUCCAAUAUUUUUACAUUUGCGGGGAGUAGCAGAUGAGUGCACACUUCAGGAAGAAAGAGAGAUUAUUGGGACACACUCCUCCUCUUCCUCCGGUCUCUCCACAGAUCUGCUUUCCCUCCUCUCAUUCCUUCUCUUUU